AUGAGCCAGCUGGACUGCCUGGACGCCGGCGCCCUGCUCUCCUCCAUGAUCGCCGGCGACAACGACCAGAAGGCGACCCUGGCACUCAUAUCCCUUCUGGCGGCGCACGGCCGCUACCGCCACCCCACCUCGCCGCCGCCGUCCGCGCCGCCGCCGCCUGUCGCCUCGGCGCGGCCCAGCCGCGGGCCGCCCCCGCCGCCGCAGGUGACGCUGCCGCUGCACGUGGCUGUCGUGCGGCGGCGCCACCGCGUCGUGACGGCCCUGGUGCGGUGGCUGGGGGCAGACCCAGAGGCGCCCUUCCCGGGGCCCCAUGGGGAGGCGCCCCUGCAAGUCGCCGCGGAGAUGGGGUCCUGCGCGACCACGGUCGCGCUGCUGCGCUGCGGCGCCGACCCUCGCCGCGAGGAUGGGCGCCACUGGAGUGCGCUGCACGCCAUCGCCGGCGCGCCGCGCGGCUGCACGGCCGAGCAGGAAGGCGAGCGGCCACGGCCGCCGGUGUUCGCGCCCCCCUCCACUUCGGCCUGGUGGCGCUGGGCCCGCAGAGCUCCCCAGUGGCUGAUGCGCCGCCUGGUCGCGGCAAGCGACGCGCCGGGGUUCCCGGACAGGUGGCUGCCGGACUUCCGCGCGCUGCUCACGCCGCCAGCGCCGCCGCCGCCGCUGGGGUCGGCGAGGGAGCGGGACGAGGUGCGGUACGUCCUGCUCAAGGCGGCCGGGCUGCUGCCGCCGCCAGAUGAGACAGAAUCAGACGGCGCCGGUCUGCAGCCGCGCGGCGGAGUGCCGGGUGCCCCACAGCCCCGCGGCGGCGCCGGGCGUGCCCCGUGUACGGAGCGCGCACCGCUGUCCCCCGGCCGCCGGCCCGCCGGCGGCUUCAAGCUGUCGCGGCAGGCCAGGGCGCUGCUUCUGAGGCACAGGGAGGAGCCCGAGGGGCCCAGUUUUCAGGAGCUACUCGAAUGGGCGGAGGGCCCGAAGCACCCGGCCAAUUCAGAGGCUUCAGUGCUGCAGCUGCGCCGCCGCUCGGCGCAGCUGCGGCGCGAGGCCGCUGCGAGCCGGCUGGGCGUGUGGGGGGUGGAGCGGCGAGAGCGGGUGCUGGCCGCAUUUCAUGUGGUGGCCGCCGAUGUGAAGAGGCGGGGCGAGGCGCUAUCACGCGCGGCGCGCGACGAGCGGCCGUGGGAGGCGGACGGCUGGCCGGGCGGGGGCGAAGUCGAUGACGGGCACCUGCCCGGCCAAGUGCGGCGGUGCCGACGGGCGGGGGCGGCGAGGCUGCGGGAGGGGUGGGAUUACUUUGGGCGGCGGUGCAGCCAGACGCCCGACCUGACCAUCGCCCCGCAGGUCCACCGGGAGUGCUGGUAG